AUGGUGGACAGCCACAUCAAAGCACUCAUGUCGAUUGGGAGCGCAGUUAAGGACACUGCUAAGGGAAUAAAGCAAGUUCUAAAUUCCAUACUUCAACACGUUGGUGCCCUACAUGCGCUCGAACGACCAGUCGAGUUCUGGGAUGACUGGCUCAUUCACCUUACCGUUUCAAAGUUAGCACAAGAUACCCGUAAGCAAUGGGAGUUAUCGCUUGUCAUGGACAAACUACCAUCGUUCUCUGCUCUUCAAGAAUUUCUUGAAAACCACGCAAAGACAACGACAGCAACAAAGAAUGUUGAAGAAGCAUUUGCACAACCAGAAGUACAUACCGCUACACCAACCGCUACUAAGGGACCGAAUUGUGCUUAUCGAAACGACUCCGGAAGGAAUGAACGGGGUACACCAAUGGCACAAAACACUACAUUCGGAUGGGUACUGUUUGAAAACGCUGCCAAUUUGCAAAGUCCACCGAUGAACAUUUCAACAUUAUAUUCCGACAUUAAUUUAACUGAACUCAUCCACAAGUUUUGGGAAUUCGAAGAGUUACCUGCCCGCAAAUUCCUCUCACCUGAAGAAUCUAUGUGUGAGAAACUAUACAACGAUACAACCGAACGUGCAUCGGAUGGGCGCUACACCGUGCGCUUAUCAUUGAAGAAAAACGUCUUGAUAGGUGAAUCAAGAGGAGCAGCUGUUCGAGCAUUACUGCGCAUGGAAAAAGUAUUUGCGGCUAACGAACGACUUUACAAAGAGUAUACCAUGUUUAUGGAGGAACUCAUCUCUAUGGGACACAUGGAACCAGCAGAGAUGACAAUAGAUAAAGUGUACUACAUGCCCCAUGAUGCGUUGGAAAAGACCACUAGUCAAACCACGAAACUUCGAGUAGUCUUCAACGCAUCUAUGAAGUCAACAUCUGGGAAUUCGUUAAAUGACGCUCUCAUGAUAGGCCCACAACUACAGCAAGAUCUAUUUUCUAUUUUGGUUCGUUUUCGCACUCAUCGUUUUGGAAUCAUAGCCGACAUCGAAAAGAUGUACCGCCAGGUUUAUGUCGCCAAAGAAGACACCGAUUAUCAACGCAUAGUCUGGCGUUCGCAUCCAGAAGAUCCAGAUUAUCGCCUUUUAAGGGUCACGUAUGGAGUUGCUUCAGCAUCGUAUCUUGCCCAUGGACCGGAACUCAAUGUUACUGGCGUGGAUACAAGAGCAACCUUAAUAGCGGGUCAGUAUUG